UCAUGUGUCAUCUUCCCUUUCAGUAAAGUAAAACUUAAAAAGGGAAGUUCAAUGUGGCAGUAGUAGACGGAGCCUACACGAAAACCCAACACGAUCUCCGAGGACGGAGAAUAUACCGACGGCGCCAAAAAACCUACCGUCCGUUCUCGACUCCGAUCACCGCAACUCACAGCAGUCAACUACUCAGUCAGCACCUACUCGCACCGUUCUUCUUCCUCAAUUGCGCUUACUGAAUAUGUCAUCUAAAUUUGGAUCUGGGAAGAGUGGUGGUGGGGAUCGAAGUGGUGGAAGGUUGCUGCGCGAUAUUGAACAAAUUAGUAAAGCUCUUUAUGUACACAAAACUCCACCUAAGGCUUUAGUUUCUCCAUCAUAUCAUGGGCUCAAGUCUAUGGGUAAUACACGCAUCUUGGAAUCAAAAUCCAAUUCUGUAACAGAGGAGCUGUCGCAGAAGAACAAGAAAUCUUCAAUAUGGAAUUGGAAGCCCUUAAAAGCUUUAGCGCACUUGCGCAAUCAGCGGUUCAAUUGUUGUUUCUAUGUACAUGUGCAUGCAAUUGAAGGGUUACCUGUGAAUUUUAAUGAUCUUAGUUUGUGUGUGAAGUGGAAACGAAAGGAUGCAGUUUUGAUAACUUGCUCUGCUCAUGUUAGUUGUGGGACAGCUGAAUUUGGAGAGACUUUGAUGCAUCAGUGUUCUGUGCAAGGCAGUAGAAGUGGGCCCCAACAUUCAGCAAAGUAUGAGCCUAAGCUGUUUUUGCUUCAAGCUUCUGUGAUUGGGGCUCCAGCUCUGGACAUUGGGAAACACUGGGUUGACCUUACAAGGUUGCUUCCUCUAACUUUGGAGGAGCUAGAGGAGGGUAAAAGAAGCUCAGGGAAGUGGACCACAAGCUUUAAACUGCUGGGAAAGGCUAAAGGUGCCAUGCUAAAUGUUAGUUUUGGUUUCACUGUGUAUGACAGUAACUCCGCAGAACCAAGUCAUUUCACCAAAUUUCAUGAUCAUCUCAAAGGAUGUGGACCCGUUGCAUCGGAUCAUGUUGUGGACUGUGAUGACACUAGUGGUAAUAGCAUGCUACGUAGAGUUGUAAGUGUUCCUCAUAAGCCGACCUCUGGUUCUCAUAUGCCAUCUCACUCGCUAGAUGCAAAUGGCUUUAAAGAAAUUUUUGGUGACCAAGGAUCAGAGAUUGAUCAGUCAGUUACCUUUUUGUAUCAGAAACUUGAAGAGGGAAAACUAGGAAACUUGGAGGACUUCAGUUUCUUCCUUGAACGCUUGGAGUCAAUGAAAGCAAAGUCUGGUUCUUCACAUGAUUAUACUAGUGAAUGUACUGCAAAAGAAUUUGAAGGUUCUGAAUUUACUAUGAGUGAGCUGGGUAUAGAAGUAUGUAGUCAAAAUCAACUAAAAACAGACCAAGGAUCUUUACGUUUCAAUAAUUCUUUCAUUGAAACUAUUGAUGUCACUGACAUUUUUCAAGAUUACGAGACUGCUGUUGAUGAGAAUACAGAAUGCAAUUUAAAGCAAGAAGUCAAAAGUGACCUUGAUGAAAAAGGUGAUAUGGAUGAUAGCAAAUAUGAUGAGACUGAUGAACAUGAUAAAGAUCCAAUGAUUGAAGAGCUUGAGUCAAUUUUCCUUGACCUGUUUUCUACUGUAUCUGCAGAGCCAGUAUCAUCAGCAGACGUCAACAAGCCUGUUGACCAAAGUGAUUACUUUCUUACAAAGUCUAGUUACAAAGCGAAUAAGAGAGCAAAAUCACUUAGCUUGGAUGAUGUUGCAGAAUCUGUGGCAAAUGAUUUUCUUGACAUGCUGGGUAUUGAAGACAGCCUGGUGGAUGUAAGCUGUGAAAGUUUUCCUGAUUCUCCCAGAGAGAACCUUCUGAAACAAUUUGAAAAGGAAAACCUCUCUUCCAUGAACUCCAUUUUUUACUCAGACAAGACAGAGGACAAGGCUAUAUUCACUCGCGUUGCUUCAACUGGCCGUGGAAGAGUUGCUUGUUCUGAUGAUUUUGAUUUAUCGUUGGUUAAUCAAGAAGUUGAGAAGGGGCAGACAAGGUCAACACUGUCAAUUAGAAACAAAAGGAAUGUUAAAAUGCUUGAAAACUUGGAAACAGAAGAUUUAAUGAAUAAAUGGGGUUUAAAUGAACAGGCAUUUCAACCUUCUCCUCACUCCAGCUCUGGUGGAUUUGGAAGUCCUAUCCAUCUUCCCCAUGAGGAGUCACUAGAAUUACCUCCUCUUGGAGAAGGCUUGGGACCAACUGUGCAGACAGAGAAUGAUGGCUUCUUGCGUUCAAUGAAUCCAUUACUUUUCAGGAGUGCAAAGAAUGCUGCAAGAUUGAUCAUGCAAGUUUCUUGUUCGGUUGUGCUUCCUGCUGUAAUGGGUUCUAGUUUAAUGGAGAUAUUAGAGUGCUGGGCAUCCAAGGGAAUCGAGAAGUUCACUAUUCAGGCAAAUAAGUUGAUGCCUUUGGAUGAUAUCACUGGCAAGACAAUGCACCAAAUUGCUGGGGAAACUGGAUCUAGACCCAAGGUGGAUGAGAGAUUCUGUAUCCCGACUAAAGUAGAAAAUUUUUCUUUUGAUCAAUGUUCUGUUAACCUGAACUCAAGCUCACAACGCUAUGAAGUGGAUCAGGAUUAUGUUUCUCCAGAAGAUCUUGUUCCUUUAGCAUUGACUAAGGUUGAACCCCUCACAAUUGAAGGCUUAAGAAUCCAGUCUGACAUGUCAGAUAGUGAAGCACCUUCUUGUAUUAGGCCCUGGUCCCAUGGAGUUCUGAAUACUAGAGAAGCUAGUGGAUUGCAACAUGAGAACUUUAAAGAAAAUGAUGAUGACAUUGAUGAAUUAGUAAACUUGUCUUUGUCGUUGGAUGAAUGGAUGAGGCUGGAUGCUGGUUGUUUCAAUGAUAAGCUCGAGAUUACUGAACAACUUACUAAAAUCUUAGCUGCCCAUUCUUCAGCACCCAUUGAUUUAAGCAAUCUUCAGUUGGCAAGAGAUGAUGAGACAGUAGAUUCCUUGGGCCAAAACUAUGGUCUUUUAAACAGAACCUUCACAUUAGCUCUAAGAGUUCAGCUUAGAGAUCCCUUCCGUGAUGCUGAAAUGGUUGGUACCCCAAUGCUUGUUCUAAUCCAAGUAGAGAGGUCUUAUCCAUUGGAAGAAAACAUCCAUGGUGAAGAAGACACUAUGAAUGAACACUCUUUUCCUCGGUUUAGAAUCUCUGAGAUCCACAUGGCAGGUUUGAAUGUUGAAAAUAGUGAUGAGAAAAUUUGUGGCACGAAAAGGCAUAAACAAUCUGGAUCCCGAUGGUUGCUUUCUAGUGGCAUAGGCAGGAUGAAUAAGCAUCCAUUUUCCACAUCAAAUGCUAUAGUUAAGUCAUCCUUGCAGACAAAGAGAAAAACGAGCCCUGGUGAUAUCUUGUGGAGUAUCGAGUUAGCGCCAUUAAAUAUUCAUGUAAGAAACCCUGAUAUUAUUUUUCCCAAGUAAAGUUGUCCAAAAAACAAUUUAUAGGCAUGCAUGUGUUCCCCUAUAGUGUGCUUAAAGGCAAAUACAGAUAAUGGUUUUGUGUAGCUUAGGUGGUGAAUAGCAUCUUUGUCUAUCCCAACUUGCAAUUUCUCAUUUUGAUUGUAAUAUAUAUAAUCUUUUUUAUACUUGACCACAGUCACAAACUCUGUUAUUUUCUGUACUUACAUUCUCAUAAUGCCAAUCAAUCUUGUUGUAACA